AACCGAAAUGACAAUCCUAUCCUUCUACGGUUCUGCCCACCUAACUUCCAAUCUUAUAACUUUCCCAUCUCAGAACAAGCGCACCAAAAAUGGCGUCUUCCUCCAUUCUCACGCUUCUCUGCCUCCUUUUCACCUGCCUGAUCCUCGACGCCAACGCCAAUGCCAACGCCGGAGCAGGGCAGAGGGAAUUCGAUUACUUUGCUCUGUGUCUGCAGUGGCCCGGCACCGUCUGCCAUGGGACUCGCCACUGCUGCUCUUCCAACGCCUGUUGCCGAGGCUCAAAUUCGCCAACUGAAUUUACAAUCCAUGGAUUGUGGCCAGAUUAUAACGAUGGAACCUGGCCUGCCUGUUGUACCAGAUCUCGUUUUGAUGAAAGAGAGAUCUCAACAUUGCUUGAUGGUCUUGAGAAGUACUGGCCCUCCUUAAGUUGUGGUUCAUCAUCAACUUGCUUCAGUGGAAAAGGAUCCUUCUGGGCUCAUGAGUUUGUUCUUCUUGCUUUGAUGUUCAAAUUCGGGGAUGCGCACUUCAGUGGGGUAAUCAUCUCCACCCAUUUGCCCUAAUCGUAUUAUAGAAUUGAUAUCAUGAGUUCUACUUUUUCUCUUUAAAUCUUGGUUCAAGCCUAAUCAAAGAUAGGGAUGGGAACACAUAUACCUAACAUUGUUACCCAGGCAUUGGACCAAAAAUUUAAAACAAAGAUAAAAGAAGACAUGGCUGUAUGAAUACUAAAAGUCUGCUGGGAUUGUUAGAAAAGAUUUUUUGGAAAGUUGAAUGUGUUAAUCCAUGAAGACAAAUUGUUCUUUAAAAUGUUAUCUAUUAUAUUGAGUGCAUAAGCAUGAGGUCCACCUUUGUACAAUAUGCCACUUUCAAAAAGAUCAUAGAAAUAAUUUGGUUACAUCUUUUCCCAUGUUAAGUUAAAAUUUAGGUGGCAACGUUAACAUAUCUGCCCUCUUCUUCUUGCCACUUCUAAUUUUGCAUUUUUUUCACUUGCAGAGAAACAUGGAACCUGUUCCUUUCCAGUAGCUCGAGAUGAAUACAGUUACUUUUUAACAACCCUCAAUGUGUACUUCAAAUAUAAUGUCACGAAAGUAUUGAAUGAAGCUGGAUAUGUGCCUUCUAAUACCGAAAGGUAUCCUCUUGGUGGCAUUGUCUCUGCUAUUGAGAACUCUUUCCAGGCAACCCCAGAGGUGAUUUGCUCAAAAGGUGCCAUAGAGGAGAUUCGUUUAUGCUUUUAUAAGGAUUUCAAGCCUCGAAACUGUUUAAUUCAUGGCACAGAAAAGGAUACAUACUUUUCAAAAAGUUCAUGUCCGAACUAUGUGAGCUUGCCGUCCUAUGUGUCAUUAGGUGAUGGUGAAGGUGUAACCGAUGCUAUAUGGCUUCCUGAUAAUGAAGCUCUCUGAGCCUAGGACUCAUGCUGGUGAUAAAAAAAAGCUCCUGUAUGAUUGAUUCCUGAUCGUGGACAAAAAACUGCACACCUGAUAAUUAGUUGCCACCUUUUAGGGACCAACAUCUUAGAUCAAUCAUUUGUCAAUUUAAGAACUUGUCCUAAGAAAUUGUAAAUUAGGCUAAGCUCUCUGUAACAACUUUUGUAAUAAUGUUUCACAUUUGCUUGAAUGCAAUUGAUUUGUACAGAACUAAAUGGUGUCAUGUACGUUUAAUCCUUCAAUAUUUGAACAUGUG